CCAUUUUCUUCUACUCAUCCCACAACCUCACUCAUUGCUCCAUCAAGUUCGUCAACUGAAAGCUGGAUAUCGCCUGAUACUUGAUCUCUCCAAGGCAGAGGCUAAAUCUCCGAAGCCUUCCUCCAAGUUAACUUGCCAACUUCACCAGCCCGCCUAAUUACCCCAGCUGACUUACGCUUCCUGUGGCCUUUACACAUCAGGCAUGACUUCUGCAGAUGACACGUAAGAUGUCAGACGGAAAGGCCAUCAGCAAAAGGGACCAUGCCAGCUUCCGAUGGAACAAGAAGAUCUGCGGUCAAUGUCAUGUAGCGGGCCAUGAGCUUGCAGACUGCACUUAUAUGCGCGGCAUGAAUCGGCAACGUGGUGAUAUGUCCGGUUGCCCGAUGUGCAACACGACAAGCCACACAUACGACGAAUGCAGACAAGUGCCUGCGGACGGUGACGAACUUCUUCAGCAUCACAUGGAAUGGCUCGUUCGACGUCGUUGCCAUCUUCCAAUGAUCUCCAGCAAAGUUGACAUAUGGAUACUUGUCUUGGGCUUUCCGGACUAUAAUGGCGGCUACCCUUGGUCGAAGGCCUUCACCAGUGAUAUGGGUAUUAUGGGGGCUCAGGUCAUCAUAAGGAACCAGAAGUACAAUCAUGGAAAGUUCAAUACCGGUAUUGUUGAUCCCUUAACAAGCUCCCUUGCCCAAAUCAAGCGUCACAUCAACUUCGAGGUUCCACAGGAGACCGACACUCAAUAUUUCAGGAACAACCUCCUAGCCCAAGGGAUUGUCCAUCGUUGGACUAUUCCAAGCCUACUCGAGACCCAAAAUUUAUCAGAAGCGCAGAGAAACAGACUUCAACAAACGUCUAUGCCUACAGAGACGAACAUGUUGGCAACAGUUUUCCGCGCUGGUGCUAUAUCUGCGCCUGAUUUCGCACAGAAAAGUAUAGCUUUUGCCGAGGCGUUCGGUGACUUCCUCCUUCACGAAAACCCCAAGGGAAUGGCAGGUUUCGCCCCUCUCACAAGUUUGAAAGAUCAGGCGUUGCGCAGGGUCACAGACCAACAGGCUAUCCAGCCGAAAAACGAAGACGAGCCAGCCAUCGCUAUGGGCCCAAUCGAGAAGGCGAGCUCGGAACAUUCUGCUCUUAUGCCUCUGGUGACUCGCCAGGAAAUAUGGAGGUAUCUGUGCCCCAAAAGAAAGUGCGUGGGGGGCUUUCCUUUCGAGGUUCCCGUCCCUGCGGCCGUCAGGCUCCAGAAACACGUCGUCGAAGAGUUGGAGAACGAGACGAAUAGCCAUUCGGGCAAAGUAAAGGACACAAUCCAACGAAAGGAAGAAAGUCUAGCGAACUACAUCCAUCCUCAUGUGAGGAUUGACGUUACUCAACGAAAGUUGCCAGAUGGCAGAUCCAUUCACGUGCUCUUACUGGGCCUCGUCGAGGAUACGUAUGACUUGCGUUUCUCUCGCUUGGGCCUGCUGCAGGCAUACGACAUGGUCGUCUGCUGGGCAUCGAGGAUCAAUAGUGAUGGGAUCAGCAUCUCUUUGAAGAGCGCAUUCGACGGCUGCAACCAAAUCACCGAGGAUAUUGUGGCUGGCAACGAUCGUAUCAACGAACUGGCGGUGCUGGAAAGGCGGCUAGAGAGAUUGAUGCCCGACAUUUCCCAAUUCGAUGAAGCUGUCGAGCGCAUCUCCCAGUGGAUGGAACGGCGCAAAGCCAAGCUUGUCUCUUCUCCUGAAGACCGGGAGAGAAGACUUCGCAAGUGGUGCGAGAAGCAAAAACUGGGAGACAUGGGUAACGAUCUCCUAGAGCAGGCGUGUCAGCAAGCUGUAGAAGUCAAAACCAAGGAAUGGAAGAAGAGCAAACAGAGAACCAAGCGCGCCAGCUUCGACGAUGACAUUGACGGCGCCCGGCCGACAAAGAGAAGAAAGAAGCGGUGAGGUUGAUGUCGACGAGAGACCGUCAUGAUUACUUCGCUUGAGAUAUUGUUACGUGGUAACCGGUCGUGGACCUCAGCCAAAAUAUGUUGCAGAUUUGCAUGGCGGAAGAGACAUAGAAUUAUGUCGAAGCACUGUCGCCACUUCUGAGGUGGUUGACCUGUCCCUGUUACUUCCCUUAGAUAGUCGCUUGUCGUAC